AAUUUACUUCUUCCAUAAACUCGCUAUAUAAACUUUGAUCGCUUUUAUUUUUAUAGGGAAUCGUCAAUCUCAUUUUGAAGAUGAUGGAGAUUCUACUUGCAUUCUUACUUUGCGUGGUUGCAAAUGCUCAAGAACAUCUUAUAUGUGAUUUAAGCACAUCAAUUGAAAAAGGAAACCUUGUAGCAGUUAUUCCAGAACUGAAUAAAGAAUAUUUAGUUUCAUUUCAAGUUAGACCUACUUUGUUCUUACCUGGUUGGCAUAGUGUUGUUCACUUCACUAUUGGUGAAAAUGCUAAUAAAUAUGGAGAUCGAGUACCUGGUGUCUGGUUUCAUGAGGAUGGUAAAGGAGGUCUUUAUAUUGCAGCUCCGAUUAAUGGUGAUCUGAACCGUUAUUUUAAUACAAACCCAAUUCCAUUGAAUCAAUGGUCACAAGUUGUAAUAGCCCAAACUAUAAAACAAAAUACAUAUGAACUUAUUGAGUAUAUAUACACAAUAAAAAUUAAUGGUCAAAUUGUUUUUACUGAAAAAAAUCAGCAGCCACAAGUUUUCAAAAAUGUUAAAGUUUAUGCAUCUGACCCAUGGUAUGAAGCUCAAAAUGGACAAAUCAAAAAUUUAUACAUUCUAAACAAAAUUUCUAGUAUAGUUCCUACCUCUCUGCCUCCUAUUAUUUUAGUUCCAAAAGAACUUAUCAAUCAAAAAAACCAAUUUGCAUUAACUAAAGGUUCUUUAAUUGGUAUUUUAAAUGUUUUAAGAAAAGAGUAUGUUGUUUCUUUUAAUGUAAAGCCUAUAAGUUACUCCAAGGGAUGGAAGAGUGUUCUUCAUUUAACAUUGGAUAAAGACUACGGAACUUAUGGAGACAGAAACCCUGGAGUUUGGUUUCAUGAAGAUGGUUCAGGAAAACUUAGCAUUUUUGCUGCAAUCAGUGGUAAUGUUAAUUACUAUGUUGAAACUGCUCCACUACCAUUGGGUCAAUGGUCUCAUAUUAAAAUAUGCCAAAUUAUGUUGGAUGGUAAGUAUUGGUUUUCAGUUGAUUUGAAUGGAAAUAAUGUUCAUAGAGUAGAAAAUUCAGAUGCCAGAGAAUUCCAAAAUAUAAAAGUUUAUGCAUCUGAUCUUUGGUAUGCUGCACAACAUGGUUUUAUAAAUGAUCUUCUAAUUAUCAACGGAAAAGCUGAAAAUAUUCUUGGCAAUUCAAACAAUCUAUUAGUAAAAGGAAAACUUAUUGCAGAAUUGCCAAAACUAGAUAAAGAGUAUUUAAUUUCAUUUGAUGUGUAUCCAAAAAAAUUUGUUGCUGGUUGGCAUAGUGUUAUUCAUUUCACUAUUGGUGCUGAUUUUGGUCGUUAUGGUGAUCGUGUUCCUGGUAUCUGGUUUCAUGCUGAUGGAAGAGGUGGUCUUUAUAUUUCUGCACCAAUUAAUGGUAACGUUGACAGAGUGUUUACCACAAACCCAAUUGGAUUAAAUCAAUGGUCUAAUGUUGAAGUUAGUCAAAUUUUGAGAAACUCAGUUUAUGUAUACACAAUUCGAUUAAAUGGAGUAGUUGUUUUUUCUGAAAAUAAUAACCAAGUUCAAAGUUUUGAUAAUGUAAAAGUAUAUGCAUCAGAUCCUUGGUAUGAAGUCCAAGAUGGUUUAAUAAGAAAUUUGUUUAUUGUCAAUGGUAUUUCAAAUAAUGGGUUGCAACCAAUUGUUGUUUUACCUGCAGAAUUUAUCAACCAUAGAAAUGAAUUAAUCAUUACUCAAGGAUCAAUACUUGGAACACUCAAUGUUUUGAAGAAGGAGUACACUGUGGAUUUUAAUGUUAAACCUAAAAGUUACUCUAAGGGCUGGAAGAGUGUUCUUCAUUUAACUUUGGGCAAAGAUUACAGAGCUUAUGGUGACAGGAUACCAGGUGUUUGGUUUCACGAAGAUGGUUCCGGAAAACUUACUAUUUUUGCUGCAGUUAGUGGUAAUAAUAACUAUUAUGUUGAAACAACUCCACUUCCAUUAAAUCAAUGGUCUCAUGUUAAAAUUUCUCAAUAUUUGCGUGAUGGUAAGUACUGGUUCUCUGUUGAUCUGAAUGGUGUUAACAUCCAUAGAGUUGAAAAUUCAGAUGCUAGAGAUUUUCAAAACAUCAAAGUAUAUGCUUCUGAUCCUUGGUAUGCUCGCCAAGAUGGCUCAAUCUCUAAUCUUCAAAUUAUUAAUGGAAAUGCUCAAUACCUUGUUGGCAGCAUUUCUACUACAUUAGUUAAAGGAAAACUUAUUGCAGAACUGCCAAAACUAGAUAAAGAGUAUUUAGUUUCAUUUGAUGUGUAUCCAAAAAAAUUUGUUGUUGGUUGGCAUAGUGUUAUUCAUUUCUCUAUUGGUGCUGAUUUUGGUCGUUAUGGUGAUCGUGUUCCUGGUAUCUGGUUUCAUGCUGAUGGAAGAGGUGAUCUUUAUAUUUCUGCACCAAUUAAUGGUAACGUUGACAGAGUGUUUACCACAAACCCGAUUGGAUUAAAUCAAUGGUCUAAUGUUGAAGUUAGUCAAGUUUUGAGAAACUCAGUUUAUGUAUACACAAUUCGAUUAAAUGGAGUAGUUGUCUUUUCUGAAAAUAAUAAUCAAGUUCAAAGUUUUGAUAAUGUAAAAGUAUAUGCAUCUGAUCCUUGGUAUGAAGUCCAAGAUGGUUUAAUAAGAAAUUUGUUUAUUAUCAAUGGUAUUUCAAAUAAUGAGUUGCAACCAGUUAUUGUUUUGCCUGCAGAAUUUAUCAACCAUAGAAAGGAGUUAAUCAUUACUCAAGGAUCAAUACUUGGAACACUCAAUGUUUUGAAGAAGGAGUACACUGUGGAUUUUAAUGUUAAACCUAAAAGUUACUCUAAGGGCUGGAAGAGUGUUCUUCAUUUAACUUUGGGCAAAGAUUACGGAGCUUAUGGUGACAGGAUACCAGGUGUUUGGUUUCACGAAGAUGGUUCCGGAAAACUUACUAUUUUUGCUGCAGUUAGUGGUAAUAAUAACUAUUAUGUUGAAACAACUCCACUUCCAUUAAAUCAAUGGUCUCAUGUUAAAAUUUCUCAAUAUUUGCGUGAUGGUAAGUACUGGUUCUCUGUUGAUCUGAAUGGUGUUAACAUCCAUAGAGUUGAAAAUUCAGAUGCUAGAGAUUUUCAAAACAUCAAAGUAUAUGCUUCUGAUCCUUGGUAUGCUCGCCAAGAUGGCUCAAUCUCUAAUCUUCAAAUUAUUAAUGGAAAUGCUCAAUACCUUGUUGGCAGCAUUUCUACUACAUUAGUUAAAGGAAAACUUAUUGCAGAACUGCCAAAACUAGAUAAAGAGUAUUUAGUUUCAUUUGAUGUGUAUCCAAAAAAAUUUGUUGUUGGUUGGCAUAGUGUUAUUCAUUUCUCUAUUGGUACUGAUUUUGGUCGUUAUGGUGAUCGUGUUCCUGGUAUCUGGUUUCAUGCUGAUGGAAGAGGUGAUCUUUAUAUUUCUGCACCAAUUAAUGGUAACGUUGACAGAGUGUUUACCACAAACCCGAUUGGAUUAAAUCAAUGGUCUAAUGUUGAAGUUAGUCAAGUUUUGAGAAACUCAGUUUAUGUAUACACAAUUCGAUUAAAUGGAGUAGUUGUCUUUUCUGAAAAUAAUAAUCAAGUUCAAAGUUUUGAUAAUGUAAAAGUAUAUGCAUCUGAUCCUUGGUAUGAAGUCCAAGAUGGUUUAAUAAGAAAUUUGUUUAUUAUCAAUGGUAUUUCAAAUAAUGGGUUGCAACCAGCUGUUAUUUUACCUACAGAUUAUAUCAGCCGUAGAAAUGAGUUAGUCAUUACUCAAGGAUCAAUACUCGGAACACUUAAUGUUUUGAAGAAGGAGUACACUGUGGAAUUUAAUCUUAAACCUAAAAGUUACACUAAAGGCUGGAAGAGUGUUCUUCAUUUAACCUUGGGUAAAGAUUUUGGAGCUUAUGGGGACAGAAAUCCAGGUGUUUGGUUUCAUGAAGAUGGCUCUGGAAAACUUUCAAUUUUUGCUGCAGUAAAUGGUAAUAAUAACUACUAUGUUGAAACAGCUCCGCUUCCAUUAAAUCAAUGGUCUCAUAUUAAGAUAUGUCAAAGUAUGCGCGAUGGCAAGUAUUGGUUUUCUGUUUAUUUAAACGGAGCAAAUAUUCAUAAAGUAGCCAAUUCUGAGCCUAGAGAUUUUACAAACAUGGUUGUGUAUGCAUCUGAUCUCUGGUAUGCUGGCCAAGAUGGGUCAAUCUCUAAUCUUCGAAUAUUCAAUGGAAAUGCUCAAUACCUUGUUGGCGUUUCUACUCCAUUAGUAAAAGGAAAACUUAUUGCAAAACUGCCAAAGCUAGAGAGAGAGUAUUUAGUUUCGUUUGAUGUCUAUCCAAAUAAAUUUGUUGCUGGUUGGCAUAGUGUUAUUCAUUUCUCUAUUGGUUCUGAUUUGGGUCAUUAUGGCGAUCGUGUUCCUGGUAUCUGGUUUCAUGCUGAUGGAAGAGGCGGCCUUUACAUUUCUGCACCAAUUAAUGGCAACGUUGACAGAGUUUUUACAACAAAUCCAGUUGGAUUAAAUCAGUGGUCUAAUGUUGAAAUAAGUCAAAUUUUGAGAAACUCAGUUUAUGUAUACACAAUUCGAUUAAAUGGAGAAGUUGUCUUUUCUGAAAAUAAUAAUCAAGUUCAAAGUUUUGAUAAUGUAAAAGUAUAUGCAUCUGAUCCUUGGUAUGAUGCUCAAGAUGGUUCAAUAAGAAAUCUGUUUGUUGUUAAUGGAGCAUCUAGUAAUGAUCCGCAUCUAUAUGGUAUUAUUCUUCCAAGAGAUUUUAUUGACGAUGCAUCAGAAAUUGUGAUUAAAAAAAAUAACUUGGUUGCGACAUUGGUGCUCUUAAAGAGACAAUAUAGUGUUUCAUUUGAACUUAAACCAACUUCAUAUCAAACAGGAUGGCAUAGUGUGCUUCAUAUGACUAUCGGACAGGAUUUAGCAAAUUAUGGUGAUAGAAUACCAGGUGUAUGGUUCCAUGAAGAUGGAUCAGGAAAGUUAUUGAUUACUUCUGCUAUAAAUGGAAACAAAAAUUAUUUCUUUACUACAACAUCAUCGUUACCUUUAAACCAAUGGUCAAAGAUCGAAAUAUGUCAGCGACUUGAUUAUUCGGUCUAUGUUUAUGAAGUGAGUCUGAAUGGCAAUAUUAUUUUUACUGUCAGAAAUAAUGAUGCACGUGAUUUCCAAAAUGUCAAGGUUUACCUUGGUGAUCAGUGGUAUUCUGCACAAACUGGAUCAGUAAAAAAUUUAAAAAUUGUCAAUAAAGUUUAACUUAUUUUUGUAAACAUGAAUAUUUAGAUGUAACUUAGCUGUUUAAGGUGUUAGUGACAAAAAAUUAAUACGAAUAAAGAAUUAUUCAUAAUAAGAAUAUUGAAAUAA